AUGGCGCAACAGCCGCCGGAUCAAAACUUUUACCAUCACCCGCUGCCGCAUCCCCAUCCGCACUCACACCCGCACUCACACACGCACUCGCAGCAUCCACAGCUGCAGUUGCCGCCACAGUUUCGCAAUCCCUUCGAUUUACUGUUUGAUGAACGCACGGGCGCCAUAAACUACAACUACAUACGUCCCUAUCUGCCGAACCAAAUGCCCAAACCAGGCAAGUAUUCCAAUGCAUACAUCUAUGAGCUGUCUGACUCGCUGGUUAUGCGACGACCACGUCGCACUCGCACCACAUUCACCAGCUCCCAAAUAGCCGAGCUGGAGCAGCAUUUUCUGCAGGGACGGUACCUGACCGCACCACGACUGGCUGAUCUUUCGGCUAAGUUGGCGCUGGGCACGGCGCAGGUGAAGAUCUGGUUCAAGAAUCGCCGGCGCCGUCAUAAAAUCCAAUCAGACCAGCACAAGGAUCAGUCGUAUGAUGGCAUGCCGCUUUCGCCGUCCAUGCCCAAUGCACCAAUGAAGACACUGGAGGCGGAUCCACCGAGUCUUCAAGCGCUGAGCUUAAGCGGUGGCGCAGCCACGCCUAACGCUCUGACGCCCUCGCCUACGCCGUCGACGCCCACAGCGCAUCUCGUGGAGCACUACAGCGAGUCGUUUAGCGCGUAUUACAAUUACAACAACCAUCACCCACAGGGCCAGCAGCGGCAUGUGCCGCAAGUGCAUGGCCAGUAUGGUGGCUCUUCGGCGUCCAAUGCUGCUGCCCAGUUCUUUCAGCAUGGCAAUCCACAUGCCCAGCAGCAGCUCCACCAGCAGGGGCAGCAGCAGCAGCAGCAACAGCAGCAGCAGCAGCAACAACAACAGCAGCAGCAAUAUCAUCAUUUCGAUUUUCAGCAGAAGAGUGGAAACGCCUGCCGGGUGCCGACAAUCAAAUGCGAGAACGGGGACGAGUACAAUUUCAAUGGAUCGUAUUAUAUGCGAACGACGGCGCUGGCACUGUCCGGCGUCGCUGGCAGCAGCAUGUCGGGCGUCGAGGCCGUAACGUCUGCGCUCUCGCCUGGCUCCGAGGUCUACGAGCCAUUAACACCAAAGAAUGACGAAAGUCCCAGUCUGUGUGGCGGUGGUCCUGCUGGCGGCGGCGUCGGCGUUGGCGGCCCAAGUGCCACAGCUGUCGGCGCCGCCGAUGUCACCGACGACAUGGACAAUGGAUCGAAUAAGAAGACGACGACGCUACAGAACUUGGAGCCACUGAAGAGCAACAACAACGUGGUUACAGACAAAUCCUGUGACAAUGCCAGCGAUGUAUUGGGCACCGGACUACUCACUGUGGCACGCGGCAACCUAAUCGGCUGUGGCAGCAACAGCAGCAGCAGCGCCUUUGGCAAGUUCGGCAAACUAACAGUACCGUCCACGCAGACGCCACCACCUCCGGGUGGUUCACUGGAGGCCAUGCACGAGACAAAUCAAUAUCAAUGUACGAUGGAUACGAUAAUGCAAGCGUAUAAUCCGCAUCGUAAUGCCGGUGGCAACACGCAGUUCGCCUACUGCUUUAAUUAA